GUCGGCUGCUCGCCUCCGCCGGAGCCCGAGGUACGAGGGGCCAGCGGGCGGGGUCCCGGGCUUGGUCCCGGCCCGGGCGGCUGCGAGGCGCCGGAGGGCUCGGCCGCCGCCCUGGCCACCUGUUCUAGAGGCGACGUUUGUGCGCACAGACACCCCGCGUGGAGGUCCCUGGCCACCUCCUUCACCCAACUGCGCCCGAAGUUGAGCGCGGCGGCGGGACCCUGAGCCCUGGUGGCGAGCGGAGAAGAUGAACGUGCAGGCGUCAAGAGUGUGUGGAAAGGCCACGGUCCCAUUGUCGGAGAAGGCCAGCUGCUGAGCCGGGCAUGUCUCCAGGAGGCCUGCAGACUGCGCAGAUCCCCGCCUCUCUGCAGUGGGCUGCCCAGGCUGACCAGCCGGUUCCCACGGGAGGCUCCUUGUGUGAUCGGGGAGACCAUGCCCAAGCCCUCCGACUGCCUGCUGCGGCUCCUCCGGGGCACCCCCAGGCAGCGGGUCUGCACCCUGUUCAUCAUCGGCUUCAAGUUCACGUUUUUUGUCUCUGUCAUGAUCUACUGGCAUGUUGUGGGAGAGCCCAAGGACCAAGGGCAGCUCUAUAGGCUGCCUGUGGACAUCCCCUGCCCCCCACUCACGCCCCCAGCCCCGUCCUCCAGCACCCCCCCUCCAGGCAACAUCUUCUUCCUGGAGACCUCAGACCGGACCAACCCCAACUUCCUGUUCAUGUGCUCCGUGGAGUCGGCCGCCAGGACCCACCCCGAGUCCCAGGUGGUGGUCCUGAUGAAGGGGCUGCCUGGUGGCCAUGCGCCCCUGCCCCGGCACCUGGGCCUCUCGCUUCUGGGCUGCUUCCCCAACGUGCAGCUGCUCCCGCUGGACCUGGAGGAGCUGUUCCGGGACACGCCGCUGGCAGCCUGGUACCGGGCCGUGCGGCGGCGCUGGGAGCCCUACCUGCUGCCCGUGCUCUCCGACGCCUCCAGGAUCGCGCUGCUCUGGAAGUUCGGCGGCAUCUACCUGGACACGGACUUCAUCGUCCUCAAGAACCUAAGGAACCUGACCAACGUGCUGGGCACCCAGUCCCGCUAUGUCCUCAACGGGGCCUUCCUGGCCUUCGAGCGGCAGCACGAGUUCCUGGCUCUGUGCAUGCGGGACUUCGUGGCCCACUACAACGGCUGGAUAUGGGGCCACCAGGGGCCCCAGCUGCUCACGCGGGUCUUCAAGAAGUGGUGCUCCAUCCGUAGCCUGGGGGAGAGCCACACCUGCCGCGGGGUCACYGCCCUGCCCCGGGAGGCCUUCUACCCCGUCCCCUGGCAGAGCUGGAAGAGGUACUUUGAGGAGAUCAGGCCCGAGGAGCUGACCCGGCUGCUCAAUGCCACCUACGCUGUCCACGUGUGGAACAAGAAGAGCCAGGGCACGCGCUUCGAGGCCACGUCCAGGGCACUGCUGGCCCAGCUCCACGCCCGCUACUGCCCCACGACACACGAGAUCAUGAAGAUGUACUUGUGAGGAGCUGGCCUGGCGCCUCUCCUGGAGGUGGGCGGGCAGGAGAGGGAGGUCCGAGCAGCCACAGCCGGGCGUGGGGCAGGCUGAGGCCUGAGCACGUUCCACAGGCCCCGCAGCUGCUCCAGGCCGGGGUAAGCCUGGUGGGAACCCCCUCGGCCGGCGCCCUGGCUCGGGUCAGAGGCCCACAGAGGAUUCCAGAACCRUCGGGAGUGCCCGGUGAGCCCGGCAGGCUGUCCAGACACGUGGCAAGAAGAGUGCACCUCCCACCUGGAACGGCAGAGCAACUUCCUGGGUGACACCCGGAGCCCAGCCAGUGGGGGCUGAGGGCCCCUGAGGGGAGCUCCGGGAAACCUGAGCCGAGGGGACAAGGAAGGAGGGACGGGCUCCCGGGCAGAGCAGAGGCGGCCACACAGAGAGCGCAGGUGCAGAUCCAGGCAUGGGGGGUUUCUUUGGGGAGGACUGAGGGGGCAGCGCUGGACUGGGGGCUCCAUCCUCUCUCACCCAGGGAUGUUGCUCAGGUGACCUGUGCCAGCUGCCCGCUUCAUGGGCACCGGGCUGAGGAAGUCUUUUGAUUCAGGGGAAGAAUUUGAAAGACCCUCCUAUAAACUCAGGAGAAUAAUUAUAAUA